AUGAGCCUGAGAGAUGGACCAAUUGUGCUUCAUCGAUUAUUUGGUGUAGAUAGGAGCCCUAAUGGCUACUGCGGACGAGGUCGGACGUGUUCACGAGGAGAGAGUGGAAAUGAACAACCUGCCAAUAACCAUGCCACGUUUAUGGUGGCGAUGACCAAUUUUGCUAAUACCAUUGAGGCAAAUGCUGCUGCGACUUUGCAAGCUAUGCCGAGGUUAGGUCAACCAGCGGGAAACGAAAAUAGUAAUGGAAACGGGAAUAAUAAUGGGGAAGGAAAUGGUAAUGACUUGGGAGGUGCUCCAAUGACCUUGGCUUCAUUUCUCAAGGUUCAUCCACCGACUUUUAGAGGCUCGACCAACUCAACUGAAGCAGACAAUUGGUUCCAAGCUAUGGAGCAUACACUACAGACUCAACAUGUCCCAGCUAACCAAUACGUGGAAUUUGGGGCCUAUCAACUGUUAGGUGUGGCACAACAUUGGUGGAAAGGAGAGUGCCAGGUGCUACAAUUUUCGAAUGCUGAGAUUCCUUGGGACGUGUUUCAAAUAUUGUUCUAUAGGAAAUAUUUCUUGGAGUCGAUGAGAGAAGUAAAGGAGUUAGAGCUUGUGCAGUUGAAGCAAGGCUCUUUGUCUGUGGCGGAUUACACUAGUUGGUUCGAGGAGCUCUGUAGGUUCUCUAGGGUGUGUCAAGGUGCCCCAGAGUCCUAUGAGAGCUGGAAGUGCAUUAAGUACUAA